UGUCGUUUUUUGUGUUGCAGUGUCGUUGGAGACCAUUUAACAAGGAAUUUCUCACUCAAUGAAGCUGUGUGGGAGCCUUUUCUUCGAAGAGUGGUGCGAGAUGAGGUGGAACGUGCUAUACAUUCCUUGUUCAACGCAUCUUCAAGCCACUCAGUUGAUGAGGCAUGUCCAUCAGGACGAGGAGGAGGAAGUGGGCUGCAGCUGCGUUUUGUGAACAAGUUGCCUGCAACCAUAUUCACAGGCGGUCGAAUAGAAACUGAGGAUGGGACAUCUCUUCAGGUCAUCCUAAUGGAUGCUAGUUCCCAUACUGUCAUCAAAUCGGCCCCUCUUUCUUCGAUAAAGAUCGAGAUUGUUGCCGUUAAUGGCGACUUUGGUUCAGAUGACCAGGAGGACUGGACCGAGAAAGAGUUCAACAACAGCAUCCUUCGUGAAAGAGAAGGAAGAAGGCCCUUAUUGACUGGUGAACUUACUCUAACCUUGAGAGAGGGAGUAGGUUACCUAGGGAAUAUCAUCUUUACCGACAACUCGAGUUGGAUUAGGAGUAGAAAGUUCAGAUUGGGAGCUAGAGUAGUCCAAAAAAAUUCUGCGGAUACGAGAAUCAGGGAAGCUAUAAGUGAAGCCUUUGUAGUCAAAGAUCACCGUGGGGAAUUGUACAAAAAACAUCACCCUCCAUUCCUGCAUGAUGACGUAUGGAGGCUAGAAAAGAUUGCGAAAGACGGAGCAUUCCAUAAAAGGUUGGCUUCCUACGCAAUUCACACCGUGAAGGACUUUCUGCAGAUGCAUACAAGAGAUCCCGUCACACUGCGUGAUUUGAUACUAAAUGGGAUCUCAAACAGGACUUGGAACGCGAUUAUAGAACACGCCAUAUGUUUUGUAAAUGAUAACAAGCUAUACGCUUACCAAAGACCUGAACAAGAUGUCAUUAUCUACUUCAAUUCAAUCUUAAAGGUUGAAGGAGCAAACUUUAAUGGACAGUUUUGUCCUGUGAAUGCCUUCACCCCAUCCCAGAAGGCUCUAGUUGAAAAUAUUAAACAGCAAGCAUAUCGAAAUGUGCACGAUAUGGUGCUGAUCAAGGAAUCGAUUGCUGGUCCUCCAAGGCCCUUAGCAAGCCUACAAGCUCAGCCUUUUGAUAAUGAUCCAAUGCAACAUGACUUCCAAAUUAUGCAUCAAG